UAGAAAGGUAAAGGAGCGGAUGGGGAGGUGUUGAAGUUUAAUCAAACCAAGAAGAUCUAUCUCGACCCUUCUAACAAUGCACCAAGCUCCCUACCGGGUCUCAUAUAGCUACACAUUAGUGGUUUAGUUGGACUCUGUCGGAAGAGAUAGCAGUGCUUUCUUCCUCUAUAAGACAGCUCAUAACAACAAAUAAACAAAAAAAGGUUUAUAGAUCUUAGAAAUAUAAGCCGCCCACAUAACAUCACACACAUACGUCAGCACAUGAAGGCUGAGUUAAUGUACCAUUUCUUGGACUAAGUAAACACUGCACAAUUAGUGAGAAUCACUUGUUCCAAAACCUGAAUGUGUAAAGUUGAUUGUUUUCUAUUAACUCGGAUUUCACUAUUUUCACAAACAAAGGGAGUUCUCAUUGUUUCUUCCUUUCUGUCAUCUUCGACGUCUUGUAUAUAGUUGGUAAGAGCGGUAAAGAGGCUGUCGACGAAGGGGUCCAAAACAAACUCAAAGGUCAUAAUUUCCAAUCUGAAGUGUCUGUAAGAUGUCCAUGGAUUGAUAACAGAUUCUAUAACAGUGAAAUAAUGAGCUUACUACGCUUUGUUUCAUGAUUAGCACUGUAUGCAGAAAAACAAUGGAUACAUUGAUAACAUGGAUAAUAAUAUAUCACCACGUAUGACUGAUAGGCUCGGGUUCAAGUCCCCAGGCUGAGACAGCAUCUCGAAAUGGAUACCGUAGUGGCGUCCAUGCGGCAAUGGGCAGACACGAAACCGGAAGUGGUGGUCUUUACUUUCGUCAACAAGCAUGGCGUCACUAGCGAGUACACUCCACGUGCUGUGUAUGAGCAGGCCGGCAGGUUUGCAUGCCGCUUACGACGGUACGGCUUUACAAAAGGGGACGUUAUAGCCAACGGGCUCCCGAACUCACCAGAAAGACUUGUGACAGACAUGGGGAUUAUCAUGGCAGGGUGUGUCAUGGUCAACGCUCAGGUUUUUGAAGUUGACGGCUCUGAUUUCUUCCUGACCGCCAACUACUCUAACUGUAAAGGAGUUAUUCUCUACAAUAAAAACAAUAAUGCGAUGUUCAAGUUGUUUGAGCCUCUCAUUGGUCAGAACUGUGCAGAGUACACUGAGGUCUUCGUGCAACAGGCACCCUCUCUGACGAAACUGCUGCUCUGUUCCCGUGUGGAGGGAGAUCUGACUCCACUGCUUCAAGGUCUGGGACAGGAGGAGAUCUUUUCUGGCGCAGAGACGUCGCCAAGUGACUUGGCUGUUUUGUUCACCACUUCAGGAACGUCCGGGUUCUCCAAGCUGGUGCCCAGGACGCACGAGCAGAUACUGCAAGCUGGCAGGUCAUUCCAAGGAGGCAACGUAAAAUAUUUCUCUGACCGACCGUUUGGCUGGAUGGGAGGAUUCCCGUUCGACUAUAUAGUUUUUUGUUCUCAUAGAGUUCUUCAGGACAAAUUAACGGACGACUUUGCAGAGACCAGUACAGACAUAUGGGACGUGAUCAGCAGAGAGCAGUGUACCGGCGCCGCCAUGCUACCCAUUGCUAUACUGGACCUUAUCCACACCUACACAACAUCAAAGCCCUCCUACAAGAUUCCUUUCAUAGUGACCGGUGGUCAGCCGAUUACAAGGAAUCUCUCACCUGCAGUAGGAUUACUUACAGAUGCCUUGGUGGUAACAUACUCAUCAACGGAGUGUGCUAUGGUCAGCGUCGGAGUUGUCACCUCCGCUGACCAAAUGAAAGACAACUUUGUUGGUAAACCUGGUAAAGACAUCUCGUUGACCAUAGUGGACGACAGCAAUAACCCGGUAGCCGCCAACGAGCAAGGGCUUAUUUUACUUAAGUCACCGUUCAUCCUGACCAACUACCUCCCAGCAGUUGCAAGCAGCUCUAUCUUCACCCCUGACGGGUACUUCAUUACAGGCGACCGUGGCAUGCUAGACGAGUCUGGAAACCUGUUCUGUUUCGGCCGCGCUGGCGACCUCAUAUCUCAGGGACCUCUCCUUGUAUACACGAGUUGGCCUGAGAAGGUUUUAUCAAAGUGUCCCGACGUGGCAGACGUCGUGGUUCUGGUCAUGUCGGUCAAGGGCAAGGACGACGGUUUUUACGCGUGCGUGGUGCCCAAACCAGGUUCUGCUGUCACCAAAGAAUCUCUGAUGGACUUUUACACAUCUUCUUUCAUGACCUCAACCACGUCGGAGAAAUUUAAACCGGAGCUGGCAGACAUUUUUCUUUUUGAGCGAUUUCCCCAGACAUUUACAGGGAAGGUUAACAAACCUCGACUGAAGGACCUUGUUCUACAACAGCUAUGUGUUAACAGCACAGCCGUUGUAUAAAUUUUUAAAGAAUUUUUUUAUUCAGUAGAAGCUCGACAGAGAGAGGAGAGAGUGAGAAAUAGAGAGAGAAAGAGAGAGAGAGAGAGAGAAAGAGGGAGAGAAAUAGAGAGAUAGACAGAAAGAGAGAGAGAGAUAUGUGUCUAUUAUACAUACCUUCUUUUAGUUUAGGGUUGAAAUUAAAUAGUUAAGCCUUUUCUGUUUCUGGGCAAGUUCAUGGUCAAAGAGUCAUUUGUUUAUAUUUGUAUUUUCUUCAUUGAAUGACUAACGAUUUUCAGACGACAAUUUGUAGUGUUUAUUAUUGAUUUUACCAUUCAAUUCAAAAUGAAUCGUUUCCUUUUUUAAAAACAAUAAAAUACACAUUUUUUAAAAUAAAUAAUUCUAGGUUUUAAAAA